AUGAGUUUAGAAUUGUUUGCUAAUGAAUUAUUACUUGAAAUAUUUGGAUAUCUUCCUAGUGUUCAUGUACUUCAAGCAUUCUACCGAUUGAAUACAAGGUUUGAUCAGUUGAUUCAUGUGCAUUUUCAAACGUCUCGUUUCGAUUUUCGAGCAGCAACAAUAAGAGAUUUUUAUAAUGUUUGUCCAACUUAUUUUCCCUACAUCAAAGAUCAUCUCGUUUCAUUGGGUUUAUCGGACGAUGACGAAACACCCAACCAAAUCGAAUUAUUUCGAUCCGAUGGUUGGACUCUCGAUCGAUUUCCACAUCUUCGUUCACUCUCAUUCGAUCACCUUCGUUCUAAUGAUAACCAAACGGCUUAUGCACAGCGUACGCACGACUUGCGAACAGCGAUAGAUAAACGACGACAAGAGUAUGCGUUAGCCGAAGUGCAACGUAGUCUAUAUCAGCAGAAGCGCGCUGAUGAACUUGGAGUUAAGCAAGAAAAUUCUCUGAACGAAGUGCUUGUCGAAAAGAAUCUUGAGCGUGGGAAUGUAUUAAUUGAAUAUCAACGUGAGUUGUCGAUCUUAUUCGCUGAUUAUUUGUAUUCGAACGGGUUCAGUUUAAGAUUUCUAUUCGUUCUACAGAUGCGAACACGAAAUACCUUACAGUCACUUGGCAUCUCACGCCGGACGAUUCUUUUAAAAAAUCUCAUUCAGGCUAAUCUACUUCGCAAAGAAUUGAAAGGAGAAUUGUCAAUGCUCUAUCAAGCUAAUGUUAGCGGAAUACAAUUCGACCAAUUGUUUAUCCAUCACGUAAGCGACUGUCCGGACAUUCAACAUGCCGAUAUGCGUCAUGCAUCAUUCCGUGUCAUGUCUUUCUCUCAUUCGCCCUCGUUUGCAUUUUCUAAUCUUGAUUAUAGCGAUUGGUCUUUUUCAAAACUCGACAACUUUGAUUUCGAUUUGACAAUCACGCUGAACAACGUCAGAUUUACCGGAUCUCAAUUGGAGAGUGUGUCAUUUGAAGCGAUACCUAUGAACAAAGUCUCGUUUCGACCAUGGGAGGUUUAUCAAAAGCAUAUUUGCUUUCUCUUCAAUCACGGAUGGAAAUAUAAGUAG